GCGGCGCUCGCAUCUCAGAAUUGGUGACAGAAUGAAGUGCGCUCGCCUGAACCUCCAAGAGAGGUCACACUCGGUGACCAGGCGUCCUCCUGCGCCAGAGAAACCACAGAGAUACUGCCAGAGGAGGAUGGUCAACCCUGACCACAGCGAAGACCCUAGAUGGGCGGAUAUUUUUGACAGAUAUCGUUGCACUCAACCCCAAAACUUCAAUGGAUACAUGUACGCUUACGAAGGCGACUCGGCCCGACCAUAUCAAGAUGGGCAAGAUUUAGUCCUCACGGUCCAAAACCUUAAAUUUCAGGGAGAAGUCCAAGACAAAAAAAGACCACGGACCAGUUUCAAAUAUAAAUCGCUUUCAGAAAACAGAAGACACAGAAUGUUCGUGAAGCAAGUUGUCGAUGAUAUUGAAAACUUUGAAGAAGAUAGAUCUUCGGAAUUGACAAGCUACUAUUUUGAUGACUAUGUCAAAUACAUAUUGAGUGCUGAACGGUCGCGACCCUCCUCUAGCAAGUCAAGCAUAUUCUUACAAGACCUCAGUAACAAAUAUAGAGAAAACAAAUCUAUUCAAGUGGACAAUAAGUCAGUAUCAGACACGAAAAAGCCACGCAAAGCAGACCCAAAGAAUAAGAUAGCAAAUAAACAAACAACAUUCAAAACAGACGAUGGUAACAUUGAUCAGGAAACUGAUAUGGAUACAAAAUCAACACACGAUACUAAAGUGGCCUAUCACAAGUCGGGAAAGAGAAAAAGUCUAACCAUUUCAAGGGCUCAAAGUCCAGAGACUAUUCAAGUUAUUAGAGUCGAUGUUGUCUGUAAUUACAGCUCGAGCUCAGUUUUAUCUGAUUGCGAAGAAAAUAAAAGGGAAACUAGUACAAGGCUGACUGAAAAGGACAUAGAAAAAAUAGAUUUCAAAAAACCCCAUUUCGCUGAUAAAUAUUUGCUGACAAACACAAUUAAAAGUAUUAAUGAAAAUCUGUCCUGUGGAUCCAAAGUUACUUUGCUUUGUAAAACGUUCAAGUUGACAGAUAGAUCGAAAGCCGAAAAGAAGCACAGUAAAAAUGUAAAAGACGGAACUAAAAGCAAAAACAAAAGCUCCAAGUGAUGUUUACAUCAAAUGAAACUUCAAAGGAGAUGAUUAAUAAAUGAAUCAUUGUAAUCGCUGUUUGACGUAUUAUAGUUAGCAAACAAAAGUUUUUGUUGAGGAAAACAAUAGAGUGUCAGUCAGUACGCCGAGUGGAUAGACACCGAAUACCUGCGAGCAAACCCGGGCGUCGCUAUGGCGCCACCCUUACUUUAGACCUGUGGUACUCAAACUGUCGGCAUAUUGUCGGAACGUUUGCUCGGAAAGAUACUUCCCAAACUAUUUAGCUUAACACCUACAGAAUGUAUUUCAAACUAAUUUAAUUUAACUGUAGGUAUAAGAUACCUGAGAUAGAUUCCAGCUUGUUGUAUUGAAAUUCCAAUUCUACAUGUGAACAAAAUUUGCCGUUUAUUUUUAAAAUAUGAUCGUAAGUAGGUAUCUUAAAUAUCUUUCUUUGAUACCUAUACUGCGUCAUAUUGGAAGUUUGUCGAGUAGAGAACUGAAUGUAUAAACAUUACUACUAUGUAAUACUAUGUAUAUUAAAAUAAAAAUCUAAAUAGUUUGAGAACCUCGGACGAGUUAUUUAAAAAAAGUUGGACAUACAUUUUUCACACACCCUGUGAUUUAGUGCGACGGUGCGCACAAUCAAUUUUUGAGAAAAAACAAGUUAAAUCUUUAAUGUUGAAACUGAGGAAAAAACUGGACGCAUUUUGUAAUCGAUCUUCUAUUUUU